CCAGGCAUCCUCAUCAGCUGGAGUGUCCCAUGAUCAAUACCAAGCAUGGUGAUAUCCCGAAGGAAGCUUCAGUGGGGGCCUACGUCAAGCUCCACACUGUAGAGGAAGGAGAAAUCAUAGGACUUCACCAGACCCUCCUCCCAGACAACCAACAAGACACACGGCCCUUCGUCCUCGCAAGCCUGGGAACUGAGUUGAUAACGGUGAGGAAAGACAAAUUUUGUGAACUGAUGGACAGCGAGGCAACAGAGAAGUUGUCCAGGUUCAAGAUCGGGUACCCCAGCGAUGACGAUAUGUGCCAGAAGUUCCUCAGGGAGAACAGCUGGAAUAUCUUUCGGAAGGACCUGGUGCAGCUGCUGGUGGAGCCUCGCCGACGUCCACCAUUCACCCCAAUUCGGCACAAGAAGGAAGAGAUCUACAACCCCAAGUCUCUGACACUGGAUUUGUGUAGCUUCAAUAAGAAGACUAAACCUUACUAUCCCAUUUUUAUGGCACCCCAGAAAAAUCUACCCCCCUUGAGGGUUGUCCAAGCCAUCACAGCACCCCGGUACAAAAUCCAGGAACUCCUGCCUCAGUACAAGAAUGCAGGGGUCCUUGUUUAGACCCAAUAAAGGAUGUAGGUUUGACCACUGUGCUUCCUGAAUGGCCACCAUGGGAGUUGUAGGGCUUGGAGUGGGGGAUGCUGGGGGCUCAGCUGUGGGUCUGGACAGAUGUUUAGGGGCAGCACCUGGGGCACUGUCUCCCCUGACACUUGUGGGGCUGAGUCAGGAAGCCGGGCGUGGAUGGGUUAUCACUGGGGAUAGUGUC